UAAGUUCAACGAGGAAAACAAAUAAAUCAGCGUCAUGUUAUCUUGUUACCUUACUUGAAAUGAAGAUACGGUUUCUUACACUUGAUAAUGCUCAAUACGACCUGUAUUUGCUCUCAACACAAACUCAAGAGUGUCACGUUCUGUGUUUAUUUGUGUCACGCGUGAAAAUGUUAUUUGGAGCGCCGAAAAACCGCAGCCGUCAUAAUUUGGUGGCCUCAGACAAAAUAACACGCCAUUCUUCCAACUGAGACAUAAUUUCAACUCCCUCGUCGGUCUGUUGUGACGAUUAAUAAGGCAAAUGUUUGCCUCCAACUCGUUGGUUUUAAUGUUUACGACGUCUUCUCCUGCGUGGAAGGGAGCGUACCUCAGCAGGCAGCCUCUGCUAAUCGAGCGCCUAUCGUGCGCAGCAGGAGAACUGCAAGAUGGCGCAGGCAAUAUUUGAAGUGCUUGAAGGCAUGGACAACCAGACAGUGUUGGCGGUCCAGUCUCUGCUGGAUGGCCAAGGUGGAGUUCCCGACCCAAACAACCAGAACGUGUCUGGGACUCCCACUAUCCAGUCCAUGGACGACGAGGACGUGUUCCUGUGUGGGAAGUGUAAGAAACAGUUCAAUUCUCUGCCAGCCUUCAUGACACACAAGAGGGAACAGUGCCAGUCUAGCGCCCCCUCCCUGUCCACGGUGUCCCUGGCUUCUACCAAUGCCUACACACCUGUCCCCUCUAUCAGCUCUGGACCACAGACUCCUGCCAACAGACAGGUCUCCACUUACAUCACAGUCCCUCCUUCCCCUCUGACACACACUCUGGUCCAAGGCAACGUGCUGGUCAGCGAUGACAUUCUCAUGUCGGCUAUCUCAGCCUUCACUUCCAUUGACCAGCCGAUGGCCACCAUGCAGACACCUAUACAGAGUAACCUCAGCAUGCACACAGCUGGGGUAUCUUACCUUCAGCACCAUCACCACCACCACCACCAUCAUCAUCAUCACCAACAGCAGCAGCAGCAGCAGCAGCAGCAGCAGCAGCAACAGCAGUCGUCACACCCCCUGCCCUCCGGCCAGACACCAGCCCACCCCUUGCCAGCUGGACAGCCCACCCAACAACCGCUCUCGUCACAAGUCCCAGCAAGCCACAGCAACUCGGUGGUCCAGGUGUACAGCACACUGCCACAUAUGGCGGGGGGUGGUAGUGCAGAGAUCCACACCCUGGGUCUACAGCCUUUCCAUCCUGUACAAGUGCCCAGUCAGUGUGUGGAGAGCCAGUCAUACAACACCCCUCCUGUCUACAGUCCCGGGAAGCAGGGCACCAAAACCAAGACCUGCAGCAUCACCACCAACCUGACGGAGCUGGGUGACUUUGAAAAGGUCAUCAUUCCCAAACGACCAAGGUGUAGCAAAAAGAGCCCCGACGGAGCCACAGCAGAGCAGCUGAAAGGCAAAGGUCCAAAGCUGAAGUGUAAUUUCUGUGACAAAAUCUUUUCGAAAAACUUUGAUCUUCAGCAGCACAUUAGAAGCCACACAGGAGAGAAACCAUUUCAGUGCAUCGUCUGUGGCCGAGCGUUUGCUCAGAAGUCCAACGUGAAGAAACACAUGCAGACACACAAGGUGUGGCCUAUGGGUGUGGCCAGCACAGUCUCAAGAUUACCAAUCACAGUAAAGGUGGUGCCAGUGUCAGCCAAUGAGGAUGAAGGGGGCAGGGAGCAGCAGCAAGGUGAACAAGAGGAGGGGCCACAGCAGCAGACCAGUCAAACACAUGCAGAAGAAGAGGCAGCUCAAACAGAGUCUCCAGGAGAGCUGGAACAGAGUGCGACUGAGGCCCAGGUCGAUCCGGAGGGCAGGGGAGGAGAAGAUGUGCAGAACAGGCAUCCUCAGGUCCAGAUGCAUGAAUCUAACCAGAACCAACAGUGCCAAGCUCAGACCAAACAGAUUGUUGUGAUUGACAGCUCCUACCAGUGCCAGUUCUGCGCCAGCAAGUUCAAGACCUACUUCCAGCUCAAGUCCCACCUGACCCAGCACAAAGGGGAGCAGGUUUACAAGUGUGUGUUGAAGUCCUGCUCCCAGACCUUCCAGAAGUUGGAUCAGUUCUUGGAGCACAUUAGGACGCACCAGGAGCAGCUGACUUACCGCUGCCACCUCUGCAGCAAGGUGUUCCCCUCGCUGUUCGAACUGGGAGUCCACCAGUACUCCCACUGCUUCUGCCCACAGCAGAACACACGCAAAGAAACCACCAUCUACAGGUGUGUGAAAUGUCAAAGCAGAUAUUCUACCCAGGAGGCCCUGGAACAGCAUCUACUGACAGCCUCACACAGCUUUCCUUGUCCACACUGUGAAAAGGUGUUCCCGUGUGAGAGGUACUUCAGACGGCACCUUCCCACUCAUGGCGUUGGAGGGAGGUUCAAGUGUCAGAUCUGCAAGAAGGCCUUUAAGACAGAACACUACCUCAAACUGCACACACGUAUUCACUCAGGUGAAAAGCCAUACAAAUGCUCCCUCUGUGAGGCGACGUUCAACAGGAAGGACAAAGUGAAGCGACACAUGCUCAUCCACGAACCCUUUAAAAAAUACAAGUGUCCUUUCAGGACACAUGUAGGGUGCACCAAAGAAUUCAACAGACCUGACAAACUCAAGGCCCACAUUCUGUCACAUUCUGGUAUCAAACCCUACAAGUGUCUGUUUUGUCAGAAGGCGUUUAGCCGCAGGGCUCACAUGCUCGAGCAUCAGCAGUCCCACACAGAUAACUACCGCUUCAGAUGCUCCACCUGCAACAAGGGAUUCACCAGACAGAGCUACUAUAGAGACCACAAAUGUCCAGCAGCAGGGAACGGGGCAGGAACUGAAGGAGGGACUGGAGAAGCAGAGGGAGACGGGGUCGUAGGAGUGGCCGAAGGUAAGGAUGGAGAGGAUGACGGGAGAAGAGGCGGGUUCACGAGAAAAGCGAAAAGGACAGGGACUGGCGGAGGCGAUGGAGAGGAGGACGACUGCUCAAAGGGCAGCCUAGAGCAGGUGGAAACACACGGGGAGCAGGAGGAGGAGGGAGAGGAGGAGAGAAGGAGGACUGACGAGGGUUGUCAGGCUGCAAUGUCUAUCACCACCACUGAAGAGCAGACGCAAAGAGAAGAGGAGCAGGAGGAUGACGGGGUAGAAAAUGGAAGCGAGGCACUGGAGCAGAUCCAGAGCAAUGACCAAAACUGUUUGCAGCAGCCAUGUUUGUAGAUUUAAACAUUAUCUUUGAAGGAAUGUUUCCUGGACAUGGACCAUCUAACAAACUCAGUUAAAAAAACAACACCAAUCAGAGUCUGGGAAAUGAUUUGUUUUAAAUUAAAACGUUAUUUAUAUUAUUUAAAUUAUAUGCACUACUUUUAUCUUUUAAUGUAAAUGAAAAUGAUUUAGGAGAUAUGUUACCUGGUAGAUCUAUAUUGCCAAAAUAACCAGUGGACCAUUUCCACCUACUUGUGUAGACAUUUUGUGCAGGUUAAGCCAUAGUGAUUCAUUCAACAAUGACAUCAUGUCAAAAGCAACAUUUCCCUCUAAUUUUAUGUAGCAUAAGUUUGGGUAAAUUAUGAUAAGUUUACCCAUAUCUCAAAGUAUAUUUGUGUCCAUAUAAAUGUACUUGCAUUUUCAGUAAAAUUCCACCCUCCUAUA